AUGAGCAAGAAAUAUUCCUCGUCGUUGCGUCCAGAAAUGCUGGAGGGAAGCCUCGAUGACAAUAGCGAGACGACUCCGAGCAGUGAUAUCCAUGUGGACUUUAAGAUGCCAAAAGAGGCCGUGGUGGGCUCUUCGAUCGAACUGAAAUGCGAAUGGCGAAUAUCGGGUGGCAGCAAUCUCUACUCGGUCAAAUGGUACAAGGAUGAUCACGAAAUCUUUCGAUUUCUGCCCGACAGCAUCCAAAGAACCCAUGUUCCUCGGCCCGGCGUAAAGGUCGAGACAAGACCGAACAGCGAAAAGAAAUCGAUAAAAUUGAAGGAUCUCAGCCUAGAGAGCUCGGGCCAAUACAAAUGCGAAGUUUCCACCGAGGCGCCGUCCUUCGCUACCACUUAUCAGACUGCCAAUCUGACGGUGAUUCUGCUUCCGGAGAGGGGACCGGAAAUCAGAGGCCUGUCCCUGCACUACGCCGUCAGCGAGAACGUGACUGCCAACUGCAGUGCCUGGCCGUCCGUGCCUAAGGCCAAUCUACAUUGGACCAUCAACGACGAUCCGGUACCACGAGAAAACACUGUCCAGCAUCCGCCGAUUUCGGCCAUAAAGAGCGGGGGCAUCCCGAAUAGUUUGGGACUACGAUUGGAGGCUGAACCCCGGCACUUCAUGGGCGACGGCAAACUGGUGAAAGUCAAAUGCAUCGCCGAGGUGGGCUCACGCAAGUUCGAGGCCGAACGCAAGUUCCAGCUGGCAUACGUAAACAAUCAAAGGCUCAGCGCAGGUGAUCAUAUGCAUGCGGCCGCGCGCAGCAUCCGCACCGGCUUCCUAGCUAAACUGCUGACGGCGAUCCUCGCCCUUGCCCUGCUCAUGACGUGACCUACCGGUUUUCUUCUCGCGUGAGUCGGCCUCCACGAACGGAAAUCACGUUGCAGCGCGCGUGCGCGAUCGCUUCAGAAACGCGCGGCGGGUUCAGUGUCAGUUGUCCGAUCCUUACGUAUAUAAAAAGUUAGGCUUAGCUAUUAAGCGACGAUACACUCGAUGAUUAAUCGAUCGACCGGCUCGCUCUCGAUCUGAACGCGCUUCGCGACGAUACAUCACCGACAGAUUCUUUGAGAGAAACACAUAGAAAAUGAAAAUCUCGUUGAGACAUAAUCGUGAUAAAAGAAUAAAUUCCUAUUACCUAAUUAUUCCAUGCGUAUUAAUUAUUUAAUUUGCAAAUAU